CUUUUGUAAUAGAGAACGAGUAGUAAGAAGAAUCAAGCAAGUGUGUAGAAUAUUAAGCAACUGAAGCUGAAUUUAGAAAUAUGAUCAUCCGUUACGAUACGCUUGGUGCUUGUGGCAUUUUGUUAUUAAAUUUCAUUAUUCUGAUACGGUCGUGCAAAAUAUCGGAGUUUGCAUGUAAAGGAAGUGGGCUGUGUUUACCAUUAGAUAAAUAUUGUGAUGGAAUCGAUCAGUGCGGUGAUUUGAGUGAUGAGCCCAAAUUUUGUACAGUCUGCAAUCGCACAUAUUACGGCGAUAUUGGAAGAACGUAUUCAAUUCAAGUGCCAACGCCACAACGAUUUCCAUUUUUAUGUCAUCUAACAUUUACUGCCAGCGGACACGAGCAGGGAGACAUUGUGCAGAUAAUAUUUGAUGGCUUUACCGUUGGAAGAUAUGAUGAAGGUUUAGAAGAGCAUGAUUUUGAGGCAACAGAUACAAGCUUAAUGUCUGCCUCGGGCACUGAUGCUUGUCCCGAUGGCUAUAUGCAGUUAAGUGAAUUGGGUAGACCUUUUACCGGAGGCUCCUGGUGCGGUACAGCAAGCGGCCCACAACAAUAUUUUAGUGAAACUUCAACAGUUACGGCAUCUGUUAAGGUGUUUCACGCUCCAUCACUUCAACAAGAGAUACCUUUUGAAUUUCGAAUACGAUAUAAAUUUUUGAGUCAUACGGAAGCUGUUGUAAGAUAUGGAACAUCAUCAGAUUUGUAUGAUUUGGGUCUUGUGUCACCUGGAACAUAUUGCACGCGUCAAUUUGAAGAAUGCUAUCGAAAUAAAUGUCGACUACAGUCACCAAAUUAUCCUGGAAUGUAUCCGCGUAAUGUGACAUGCUAUUGGACGAUUCGACAGAAAACUAUACCAACAUGUAAACAUGCUAUGAUUGCUGUUAGUCAGGAGAACAGUCAUAAAUCACUGGUGAAACGUUCGAUUGCUAGUCUUAAUAAAACAGCACGUACUAUUCGAGCGUGGUCAGAUUGUACAGGCGAACGUGAUCACUUAAUUUUUUAUGAUGGCAGUUCUACAAAUGAUCCAGUUCUGGCAAAGUUUUGUGGUGGUGAUUGGUUGCCAAAAGUUGUAUCGAGGAGCAGUGAGAUGUUGAUAGCAUUUCAUUCAUCACCAUAUUCAGCUCCAUUGCAAACAGGCACGCCAAAUCGUGGCUUUGAGCUCAACGUUGACAUAUUGUUCACUGAUUCGGAUUCUUACAAUUUUAUGCAAAACAUUAAAUGUGAAUUUCACAUAAAUGCAUCGAGCCCAGAUGAUGUCAUUAUGUCACAGAGAAAUGGUAGAAUGGGUCGUUUACUUAGUCCACGUCAUACACUACCACCAAAUACGACAUGCACUUACUAUUUUCAUGGCUUUCCAAAUGACUUAAUUUGGUUAUCGUUCACCAGUCAUCAUUUGCAGCUUUUACAGCCAGUUAAUCAUGAUAAUUUAACGCAAUCAUUUGGACAGAGCGAUCAACCACCGACAUCAUACAUCACAAGAAUGCGCUUAUACGACAGCAUUGGAACGCAAAAUCAAAAUAAAUUGCAAUCAACGCCAUCGACUCCUGGAAUGUCAUUGCAACAGCAUCAACAGCAGCAACAACGUUUGAAUAUAACGAAGUUAAAGCAGAAUAAAAAUUAUUAUCGUGGUGAAGAUACGAAGAAUCCAUAUGACUAUAAAAACUACAAAUUCAAUAUGGAGCAAUCAUGGAAUCCAGUUAAUAAUUAUAUUUACGGUCCGACUGUAAACAGCAUAUACAAUCAGCAGCCAGAUAAGGAAACAUCGACUCAUAGAAAAUUGGAACGUAUUUUGAAUAUUAAUAGCAUCAAUAAUCGAGAUCGAGAUAGGGGCGAGCGAGAACGAGAUAAAGAUAGAGACAGAGACCGAGGAGAUAAGGGCAAUAAAAUUCUUAGUGAUGGUUUGGAAUUAGAGAAAGACUCUUAUGGAAAAAUGAAAAACAGACCAGAAAAGUUGUCAUCAAAUCGACGAUUGCUUGGCGAAUUCAUAAACAAUGAAGCACCGAAAUUAUGUGAUCACGCCAUCAACGAUUAUCAAACGGAAAGUAUUAAGAUGCGGCACUGUACGCCAUUGGAGAGUUACAUUAGCACUGGACGAGAUAUGAAAUUGGAGUUUCAUACAGCAACAGGAACUGCUUUAUACCCGUACUCAUUCUCGAUAAAUUAUGAAUUCGUUGACACCGAAAUGGGUGGUGAUUUGCUGAAAUUCGAUGAGCAUAACGAGGACGAUAAAAAGAUGGAGAGUGAAUAUGCACUGUGCUCGAGAACGUUCAGGAACCGACGUGGUGAAUUUCGUUCACCACGUAAUGUUUUUCUCCAUGGACGUGGGGGUGCGAAAAAUUUGACUUGUUUGUAUCGCUUUGAAGCUAACGUGGGAGAGCAGAUUCGAAUCACACUCUAUAAUAUUUCAUUUGGCGAGAGUGGAUUCUGUUCGACGGAGAACGAUGUACAUACAGGACGACCCCGAUGUCAAAUACCAGAUAGCACUAGUGGUAUUGAAUCAAAUAAUGUCAAUAAAUUGAGUAAUGAUGACAGUUCAAAAGUUCGUGAAUUGAGAAUUUAUGAUGUGCCCUAUCCACACAGUGCGAGAGUGCAAUUGGGCUGCAUUUGUGAUAAUCAAUCUAUAUUUUAUAAUCAGCCACUUACGUUCCAAUCAAGCUCAUCGACAAUGGAAUUGACAUUUAUAGCGACAAAAUUAAAUAUUACAGAAGAUUUUAUGGAUCUAUAUUUCUAUGCAUCGUACGAGACUGUUAAAGUCUCAGAGUGUAAACGGAAGCAUAAGUUGACGGGAACGGGUGGCGAGGUGAAGGCAUACUUUAAUAUACAAAAUCUCGACAGUAAUUGUGACGGAAUGGCAUGGUUGGUGGAAGCGAAGAGACUUGAUCACAGCUUAUUUGUUCAAACGUGGGGCACACAACUGCCACAAAAUCCAACGCCUGAAGAGCUUUUCAAGUGCCAAACUAAAAAUCGUCUCAUCAUUUAUUCCGGUCAUACGACGGGAGUUGUUCGUAUAAUUUGUCCCGCAUUAAAGUCUGAGACACGACAAAUGUCACUAAGAAUUAUGGAUGAAGAUUGGUUAAAUUCCUCGACAAUGCCUACAAAACCAAUUUCGAUGAUUAUCGAGCCAAUUCUACGUGAACCCGGAAGCGUUUCAUUCUCAUGGAUGGAAAUACAACGUACAAAGGCAUCACUAGUACAGCAUUUAGAUCAACAAACAAAUUAUACUGCCAAUGAAACGCUUAUGGAAUUCGGUUUAUAUCCGAAAGGUGGCGAUUGUGAGCACAAAUGUCCUGAAUUGAAUGCAUGUAUUGCCAGUAAUUUAUGGUGUGAUGGUUAUCCAAAUUGUCCAUCUGGCUUCGAUGAAUCAUCCAGUGAGUGUGGUGCAACAAGAAAAUUAUUGGAAUUGCCAGCGAGUCUGUAUGCUGCAUUGGGUUGCUUAGCAGCUGGAAUUGCAGCAUGCCUUAUAUUUUGUAUGGUCGGAAUAUCACGACGGAGAAAAAAGACCAAAGAACCGAAACAGCAUCCAACACAAACAGCAAUUCCUAAUGGUACAUAUACAUUACCAAAGUCAAAUGGCAAUACAUACCAAAAGAAUUCGUUGUUUUACAACAAUCAUGAUCAUGAUUCCUGACAUAUGCUUCCACCGGUGGACUAUGUGGACUAUAUACAUGUUGAUAGAGAAACCACAGUGUGACCGCCGGAUAGUAUCCAAUAUGAAUCGUUUUAUUAUGCGAACGAAAGUAUUGAUUAUAACUCAAUUUAUAGUAACAAUCAGCGUCAACCGAAUACGUUUAGUAAUAAAUUAAACUAUCUAGUUACAAUCUUUUACAUUUUCUUUUAGGCGCAAUGAGGAUGAAUGAAUGAGAUAUACUGUUUAUUGUUAUUACUUUAAAUGCACAAAAAAAAUAAUAAUAAUAAUGUUCUGAAUGAGACUAUAUUUUUUAAUUACAUUACUACUUCCAUGGAAAUGAGAUUUUUCCCCCGAUUCUUGAUAUGAAAUAAGAUAUGGGAUGAUGAGGAAAAGUACAUUCACAUUUUUAAUGUAUAAUACAUGCCUCCACAUAUGUAUUCGACUCUAAAGGAAAUUUAUAUGUAGACAUAAAAAAAUAAAUUUUAAGGAUGGGACGAUGCUUAUGAAUUUGAUGAUUUUAACUGGAUGAGAUGAGUGAGGAUGCCCAUGAUGGAAGUAUGACAACAAAAAGGCAUGCAUAUAUGUAAUUUUGGGAGCUAAAUGAGGUAAUAACAGCCUGUAGGGGAUCAAAAAUCAUUGAAGAGUCAAUUUUGGGGUUCAAUUCAAUAUUCCAUUCAAGAAGUUUACUUAAAAGUCUAGUUUGGCAUUGAUUGCAUUGAAAAUUGCUCGAUAAAAUACCAACUCAGCAAUAGUUUUAGAUAAUAAGACUCGACUAGCACAUUUGCUCCAAAAUAACUAGCUAUUUUGUGGUUUGGUACCCAAUAUCAGAGGAAAGGGGGUCCUUAAAUGUGGGAAGGGCUAGACCAGUGCUGAACAACCUUUUUUGUGGUACGGCAAAUUUAGGGAGUAAUCUAUGACCGAAACUGCACAAGGUUCAGGUUCCGUAGGCUUUGUUGAUUUUUAAAGCUGUAUACUAAUGUCCCGCGGCACAUAGAUUGUACAUCACUGGUCUACAACUUAUUCAACUUACUAAGGUACGCCAUUCUAUUCCUAAACAUCAGUUAUCUUCCAUAAAUUAACUUUAAUACCACAAAAGCAUCGUCUAAUCCUUAGAAAAACUCAAUGUU